AUGGAUAAUAGCGGUAAAAAUAUUUUUGAACGACUUGUGAGACCCAUUUGUAAUUCAGGUCGUAAUGUUACCAUGGACAACUGGUUUAUGUCUGUUUCACUUGCACAAGAACUUUUUGGUAAAAAACUUACAAUAGUAGGGACACUAAAAAAAAUGUUCGAAAAAAAAAAUAAAGUGGUAACUUUAUUAUGUACCAUGCAUCAUACUGAUGAUUUUGACUCAUCAACGGGUGAAAAAACUAAAUCAGAACUACUUACUUUUUAUAAUCAUACAAAAAGGGGCGUGGAUACAGUCGAUGAGUUAAAAGAAUCAUAUUCAGUUUCUAGAAAUUCUUGUCGCUGGCUAAUGACAAUAUUUUAUUCUCUUCUCAAUAUUGGUGGAAUAAAUAGUUGCAUAAUACUACAGAUUAAUACGAAGAAAAAAAUGAGUCGGCUAAACUUCCUAAAAGAACUGUCAAAAGAACUUUGUAUGGAUUAUAUGAAACAAUGA